AUGGGAGGCAGGUCCCAGUUCGGCCGGUCUACGCCCAGAUCUUGGCGUCUGUCCAGCGCGUCUUCGACGACUCGACCUUCCGGACCUUCGCGAGAAUUCGCUUCGGCAAGUGUCAGUGCCUUCCCUCGCCAAGUCAAAAGUCCGGAAGGGAUGGUCUGUCUUGACGGAAGUGCGGGCUCCGGCUGCAAGGCUCCUCCACCAGGAGCCGCUGCACAGGAUUGUCUCGUUGAAGGUGGUCUGUAUGAUGUUUCAGGGCGUCUGUGUAGCUGGCUUGUCCAAUAUGUCUGUGUGACUAGUGUGUCUGGUGUGUCUGGUAGGGCAAGUGGGGCCAGUGUGAUUUACGCGGUUCAUCCCACUGGUAUGACUUGUCCGAUAGGUGUAGCCGGUAUGAUGGAUUUAGCUUGUGUAGCUGAUAUGUAUGAAGUAGCAAGUGUGAAGGAUGGAAAUGGUGUGAUUGAUAUGACUUAG